AUGACGCGAACGAGCAGGGACCUCUGCAAAUUCGUCUGCAGCAAGUGCAACAAUUUUGUUUACCUGAACGAAGCGUGCAACUUGGUAUUCAAAAAAACAUACCCCGAGUACGCCAAAAAAUAUUAUGACAUGAAUGAGCUAAGUAAAGAACGGGACAGCAGCACAGGUCCACCACUCCACCUUCUUGACAAUCUCUACAGACAGAUUUAUAGUAAUGGAUUUUGUGGGGUUAACAAACAAAAGAACGAUUUUGCGAACAAGGAUGGUCUCAAAAAAGUGUUGCAAUUUCUAAACAGGGGCAAUAUAAAAUGUACCAAGUGUAGCGCGGCGAACAUGUGGCACCUUAAGUAG